AUGAAUCAUCAUCAUGAAUAUCAACAACACGAAGAUAACAGGAUUUUUCAUCAACAGGAAAUUGUAACUAGCAAUAAGAACACGACAUUGAUGGCCUCCAAACAAGCUCUUUUUCGUUCAUCAUCCUUCUCGGAGCCCCUUUCCAAUAUUGAUCAAAAUAUCAUGAGUGAUGAUGAUCAACAGCAGACUCACGAGCUUACAUUUCCCGAUGAUAUCGUUUUUCACGUCAUGCAAUUUCUAGAGUCUACCUUCCUCGGUACGACGUGCACAAGAGUGUGCAAGCAAUGGUACUCACAAGUAUGUCAAGUGCCUUUAUCGUUGGAUUUCUCGAGAAGAAGAAAGAAUCAAAGUCUUCCCUUUGAUGUUGUUCAUGGUAUCAAUACCAUGUUGAAUAUCACAAAAUUGGAUUUAACGUUGUGUUCCAUUGGCGAUGAGGGCGUGAAAUUUAUUUCAAAUUGCGACUUUAAAAAUUUGAAAAUUCUUUGUUUAUGGUAUAACAAUAUUGGCUCUCAAGGUGCUGGAUAUAUCGCGUCCAGUAUGAAAAAUUUAACGUAUUUAGACUUGUAUUAUAAUAAUAUUGGUGUGAAAGGAUCCAGAUGGAUUGCCACGAGUGAACAUUUGAAACAUUUAACUUAUUUGAACAUCGGUUUUAAUCAAAUCAAAUGUGCAGGUAUUAAAGCACUAUGCUCCAGUCCGCAUAGUUGCCAAAAUUUAGUGACGUUGAAAAUAGGAGGCAGCACAUUGGGAGUAGAAGGAGCAAUAUAUCUUUCUACAUGUGAAAGAUUACAGAAAUUAAAUCAUUUAGAUGUGUCUUACAGCAAGUUGGGUGCUGAAGGAGCAAAACAUAUUGCUUCAAGUGUUUUCCUGAAGAAUUUAACACACUUAUCAAUGAAUGGAAAUAAUAUUGAAGACGAUGGAGUAAAAUCGAUUGCAACAAGUGCAUACAUGAAACAUUUGAAAGAACUUCGCUUGGAACGAAAUAAUAUUGGAAAUGAAGGAGCAAAAUAUAUUUCACAAAGUGAACAUAUGCGAACACUCAUGGAUCUAGAUCUAUGCUUGAAUAAGAUUGGUGAUAAGGGUGCAACGUAUAUUGGAACUAGUGAGGUGUUAAAACACUUACAAGUUUUAGACUUGAGUCAAAACGAGAUGACCGCUCAUGGAGUGGGAGUGAUACGCCAACAUUUGACAGAUUUAUUGUAUUUUCAUCAUUAA